UGCUUUCAAUCAAUAACCUCUGGAAUUCAGAAAUACAAGUAGGUCCUGUCCCUGGCAGGCUGUACCAAACUCGUGAGGGCGGGCUCCCAGGCACUGUGGAACGAGAACUAUCUACUUGUGGCAUUCUCUCUGUGCGUCUCUGCAGGUCUGACUGUGUCUCAAGUCCAUCACCAUGGCUGACCACAGUUCUCCAGACUACUUCAGCUGCGCCCUGUGUUUGAAUCUUCUGAGGGACCCUGUGGCUAUACCUUGUGGCCACAGUUUCUGUAUGGACUGCAUCAGUGGCUACUGGAAUGAGGCUGAUUACACAGGGAUUUACAUUUGUCCCCAGUGCAAGAUUACUUUCACCCAGAGGCCUGUGCUUCGUCCCAAUGCCACUCUGAGCAUGGUGGCUGAAAAGAUCAAAAAAAGCGGACUGAACCUCAACCUCAGCACGUCCCAGGGAAAUGUCUACGCCGGAUCAAACGAUGUCCCUUGUGACUUCUGCUCUGGGAAGAAGCUGAAGGCUGUUAAGUCUUGUCUGAACUGUCUGGCGUCCUACUGCGAGAAGCACCUGAAGCCUCACUAUGAAUCAGCCACAUUUAAAAGGCACAAGCUGGUGGACGAGCUGGGCAACCUGGACAGGAAGAUUUGUCCACAGCACCAGAAGUCCCUGGAGCUUUUCUGUCGAACAGACCAGAUGUGCAUCUGUGCUAUCUGCACGGUCAGUGAGCACAAAGGCCACGACAUUGUCUCUGCUGAGGCGGAGAGAAGCGAGAAACAGAAACUGUUGGGAGUCUCCCAGGCUGAGAUCAGACAAAAAAGCCAGGAGAGAGUGAAGGAGUUGGAAGAACUGAAGACGGCAGUGGAUUCACUGAAGAAUUCCGCCCAGAGAGCCAUGGUGGAGAGUCAGAAGAUGUUUGAGGAUAUGAUUCGCUCCAUUGAGCGGAUGAGGUCAGAGGUGACCAAACUGAUUGGUAUUAACGAGAAGGCCGCCUUCAACCAGGCGGAAGCUUUGAUUGAGCGUCUGGAACAAGAGAUUGAUGAACUGAAAAAGAAGGAGUCGGGCCUCAAGCAGCUGUACAGCACCGAGGACCACAUCCACUUCUUACAGAACUUUAACUACCUCUGCACUCCCACCGAUGAUGGCUUCAUUCCAAGGGUGACAGUCAACCCAGACUUCUCCUUUGGCUCUGUAAGAAAAGCUGUGGCUGAGAUCAAGGAUCGUCUGGAGGAGUUUGGCAGAGAGGAGCUGCUCAAGAUCUCCAAGUCAGUUAACGAGGUUCCAGUGUACACUACAGAAAGUCGAACACUGGACAGGAAGAGCAGAGGCAAAGAAAUGAUCAUGAACAGCCUUCCUCCCUCAGAGCCGAAGGGCAGGGCAGACUUUUUAAAAUACUUCUACCAAAUGAAACUGGACCAGAGCACAGCUUACAAAGAGCUGUUGAUCUCUGAAAACAGCAGAAAAGUCAUCCGCACCCGGGAUCUGCAGCCUUAUGGAGACAACCACGAGCGUUUCGACAGCUUUGCCCAAGUGCUGUGUCGAGAAGCCCUGUUCGGAGGCCGCUUCUACUGGGAGAUUGAGUGGAAUGGGGAGUUCUCCAUUGGCGUUGCUUACAAGAGCAUCAGCAGAAAGGGCAAAGGUUCACUUUGUCUCCUGGGCUACAACGACAAAUCCUGGAGUCUCCUUUGUUCCGACUCAGGUUACUCUGCUUGGCACAACCGGGUAGACAAGGCUGUCAGUGGCCCCCACUCGCCCAGAAUAGGCGUGUACCUGGACCACAGUGCAGGCGUGCUGGCAUUUUACAGCAUAAGCAACACCAUGACUCUGCUGCACAGGUUUGAAACCACAUUUGUUGAGCCUCUUUACGCAGGCUUUGGAGUUGGCACCUCAGUAAAAAUCUGCAAUCUAAAAUGAUUGAAAAUAUCUGAGCUUACAUUUAAAAAAAGUCUGGAAAAACCUGUUUGUUUCUUACAUUACACAUCAAUGCAUUUGGGAAUGUACACUAUAUUUCCUGAAACAUACAACACAUCACAUGAAUUAAAAAGUAUUGUAAUUUUUAAGGGAAUUCUUUAAGUUUGUAGAUUCAUGUAUUUUUAAACCCAUUCAUCAUUUAUUACCUUUCACAUAUUCUAUCACAACACAAUUUCGUUUGUUGUUUGUUAUAUUUUCUGAAAAAAUGUAAUUACUACAUUAUUACAAAAUCACAAGAUACACAAAAGUAUUAUACUGAUAUUACAUUUCUGAAAUAUUACAUGUCCAGUUUUUACUGAAUUAAAGAACUGUCACAUGACCACGAUGAUGUUAUUAUUACUGAAGCCUGUAUUUCCUUAUGUUGGCAAAUAUUGGAUUAGAAAUGUAAAAAUAUUCUGCAUUUAUAUAAAAAAUAAAAGUUCAUGUUAUCCUGUUAAUGUAUUACCAGGUAAUAUCCUGGCUUUUUUUAUUGUUAUUUCAUUUUAUCACAUUUUAUUAUUUACAUCUGUUUUAUUACUUGAGCUUUUUUCACUUGAACUAACAAUUAUUUAAUUUUGUUUAGGCUUACCUUUAUAACACACAACUCAAACAUCCAUCUGGAAAAUAGAACUUCUGUUUUUGUAACGAAAUGAUUCAUUUAUGGG